UACCCCCCAGUGUGGGUCGGGGGAGGAGACGCAAGUUCUGGCGCGGGCGGCGACGGCUAGCAGUCACCACCUCCAGCAAGUUCCUGAGCCCGGCAGGCAACGCGGAGGCUAAGGUGCUAGGGACCGCGGAGCUGGCCCUGCGGGGCCCCGGGGGGGAGGGGGAGCCGCGAAGCCCCCGCUGAGGCCGCCUCUGCCGGGCCUCCCCUCCCCCCUGGGCGGACGCCAUGCGGGGGGGUCCGGGAGACGCAGAGCGGCGACAACGCUGGAGUCGCCUUUUCGAGGAGCUGGACAGUAACAAGGAUGGCCGCGUGGACGUGCACGAGUUGCGCCAGGGACUGGCCAGGCUGGGCGGGGGCGACCCAGAACGCGGCGCCCAACAGGGCGGCUCCCCUGGGACCGACGCUGACCCAGAUGGCGGGCUUGACCUGGAGGAGUUCACCCGCUACCUGCAGGAGCGGGAGCAGCGCCUGCUACUCAUGUUCCACAGCCUGGACCGGAACCAGGACGGUCACAUAGACGUCUCUGAGAUUCAGCAGAGUUUCCGAGCUCUGGGCAUCUCCAUCACGCUGGAGCAGGCAGAGAAAAUCCUACACAGCAUGGACCGCGACAACACGAUGACCAUUGACUGGCAAGAGUGGCGGGACCACUUCCUGCUGCACCCGCUGGAGAAUGUGGAGGACGUGCUCUACUUCUGGAAGCACUCCACGGUCCUGGACAUAGGCGAGCACCUGACGGUGCCAGACGAGUUCUCCAAGCAGGAGAAGCUCACGGGCACCUGGUGGAAGCAGCUGGUGGCCGGAGCCGUGGCGGGCGCUGUGUCGCGGACAGGCACGGCCCCUCUGGACCGCCUCAAGGUCUUCAUGCAGGUCCACGCGUCAAAGACCAACCGUCUGAACAUCCUGGGGGGUCUCCGGAGCAUGGUCGGCGAGGGGGGCUUGCGCUCUCUGUGGCGCGGCAACGGGAUCAACGUGCUCAAGAUCGCGCCCGAGUCGGCCAUCAAGUUCAUGGCCUACGAGCAGAUCAAGCGGGGUAUCCGGGGCCAGCAGGAGACGCUGCAUGUGCAGGAACGCUUCGUGGCCGGCUCCCUGGCCGGGGCCACCGCCCAGACGGUCAUCUACCCCAUGGAGGUGCUGAAGACGCGGCUGACCCUGCGCCGGACGGGCCAGUACAAGGGGCUGCUGGACUGCGCCAGGCGGAUCCUGGAGCGGGAGGGACCCCGCGCCUUCUACCGCGGUUACCUGCCCAACGUGUUGGGUAUCAUCCCCUACGCAGGCAUCGACCUGGCCGUCUACGAGACCCUGAAGAACCGCUGGCUCCAACAGUACAGCCAUGACUCGGCAGACCCGGGCAUCCUCGUGCUCCUCGCCUGUGGCACCAUCUCCAGCACUUGUGGCCAGAUAGCUAGUUAUCCCCUGGCCCUGGUCCGGACCCGCAUGCAGGCCCAAGCCUCCGUGGAGGGCGGGCCCCAGCUUUCCAUGCUGGGUCUGCUGCGGCACAUCCUGUCCCAGGAGGGCAUACGGGGCCUCUACCGGGGCAUCGCCCCCAACUUCAUGAAGGUCAUCCCAGCUGUGAGCAUCUCCUAUGUGGUCUAUGAGAACAUGAAGCAGGCCCUGGGGGUCACAUCCAGCGAAUGGAUCCUGAUGUCUCAGCCACUGGAGCACACGCCCCCCGCACCUCAACACCCAGACCCCGUCUCCCCCAGGCACCAGAUCCAGUGUCCUCGUGCAGCACUGGAUCCUAGACCCCCAACCCCACUGGCAAGGCCCAGACCCCCACGCCUCCAGCCCUGGACCUGCCAGCUCCGACACUGCGUUCUGGAUGUCAAGGAACCUCAGCCACCACAUCCUGACCAUGCAAUGCCUAGAUCCUGGGGCCCCCAUCACCGGAUCCCAGAUCCCUCCGCCUCGACCACUGGAUUCCUGAAUUCCUUUCCCUCAACACUGGGUCCUGCUUCGACUUCUGGACCCCUACACUUCCGGCACUACGCCCUCACCCCCGAUCACUGGAUCCCAGAUUCCCAGGUCCCGACCCACUGGAUUCCGGCUCCUGAAACCUGGGAGCCCAGCGACACAGCAAGUGCAUGCUGGCAACGGCUGCCAUAGGUUCCGGACCACGGACCCCAGCUCCCUUCACUCCGGUCACUGGAGACGGAGACUCGCCCCAGAGAAGGCACACCCCUAACUCCCAGGCGAUGGUUCCCAAUCCCUUAACCCCUCAUUUCUGCUCGAAAUCGCCCAGACACUGGAUCCCCAAUGCUCAGACCCCAGGUGUAGAUAUGGUAGGCUAACCACAGCAUCCCAGAUCCCAUGCACCCCCAUCUGGCUCUGCUCCCCAUGACACGGGACCACAGGGUCUAGGGAGCCCACAUCCCUGCUCCAGAAUACCAAGGGGUUGUCCCACAUACCCGAUACUGCUCAGCACCAGGCAGGGAGGGAAGGAUGCGUCCCCCAGACCUGCACACCACUGGAUCCCCCCACCCCACCUCCCCAGCAUGGCCACACCUCCUGGCCCUGUGGGGAACUCUCCCCAGAAGUACCCCAAGCACCACCCUACCCUCACACGGCGUCUUCCCUCCCCAUAGGCUGACCGCCCCCACCACCCCAGUCCUCAUUCCUGGGGACUGGCCGGGAGACAAUCUGAAACGGGGGACACAUGAAGAGGGACCUCCCCAGCCCUGCCCAGCCACCCCGUCCCCAGGCUUCAAACGAUUAGAAGCCGGGAGUCAUUCUAUACGGACUACCAGUCCCCAAACCCAAGCAUCCAAUUUGACAAACACAGACAGCCAAAUUCCAAAAUUCACUCCACAUUUAUUUUUCUACAGAGAAAAGAACAAAGCCCCCCCCAGCCCAAGAAUGCAGCCCUUCCCCACAUCCCAAUCAUUCUGCACUUUAUAGUCGGACUCGGCCUAGGACAAUGGGAGGGCUCCUCUCCGCUCCUCUUCAGUCCUUGGGGAACCCCAUUAAGGGGCUAUACAAGAGGAGCUGGGAUACGGGGGGGACUGGAGGAACCCCCACCCCACGGCUUCCACCAUGUCCCGCCUCCCUGCCUGUGUGUGUCAUUUCAAAGGAAAAGAACAAAAGAAAUAAAUUUUCUAAGCUCUU